AGCUGGCUGGCAGCCUGCUUUGCAUGAAUCGUGGACUCCCGAGCCGAGGCGAGCGGCUGCAGCUUCGAUAUUUCCUGCGAGCCGAGCCGAGCCGAGCCGAGCCGACCGAGGGCGGAGGAGGAGAGAGAGCGCGAGGGAGAGAGAGAGGGAGGGAUGGCCGAGAACAGCUCCGACACCAGCGGCUCCGUCCACCGGAGGUGUUUGGCCCAUUCUCCGGCGGACAGAAGCGUCGGGGCGUCGAAAUGGAUCCGACUGAACGUCGGGGGAACGUACUUCCUAACGACGAGGCAGACGCUGUGCCGGGAUCCCAAAUCAUUUCUGUACAGACUGAGCCAAGCUGACCCCGAGCUCGACUCCGACAAGGAUGAAACUGGUGCCUAUCUCAUAGACAGAGAUCCCACGUACUUUGGGCCAGUGCUGAACUACCUGAGGCAUGGCAAACUGGUGCUCAACAGGGAUUUGGCUGAAGAAGGCGUGUUGGAAGAAGCCGAAUUCUACAACAUCACGUCAUUAAUAAAACUCAUCAAGGACAAGAUCAGGGAACGCGACUGCAAAACAUCACAGGUUCCAGUGAAGCAUGUGUACCGGGUGCUACAGUGUCAGGAGGAGGAGCUGACUCAGAUGGUUUCUACCAUGUCCGACGGCUGGAAGUUUGAACAGCUUGUCAGUAUAGGUUACGGGCGGGCCCACCAGUCAGAGUUUCUGCUGAUUGUGUCAAGGGAGGUGAAGGGAGAGGAGUCUGCUUUGCCAAACAACAGCGGAGAGCUGGUCAGCAUCGGCUCCUCUUACAACUAUGGAAACGAAGACCAAGCCGAGUUCCUGUGUGUAGUCUCCAAGGAGCUGCACAACCAGUCGUACGGGACGAACAGUGAGCCCAGUGAGAAGGCCAAGAUCCUCCAGGAGAGGGGCUCCCGCAUGUGAACAGGACUCAGUAUUAUGAGCUCCAGGUGUUAAGAUGCAAACAUAUCAUCUUUGUAGAAGAUCGUUUGGCACAGUGGAGAUUUUAAAGGGGGGGUGUGCAUUUCUUUAACGUUUGUUUAUUUUCCCUCCACCUUUUUUGUUUUUAUUUCUCAAUGUAAAUAAGUCUGUUUACUGACAAUUUGUGCCUGUACAUUUAAACUGGACCUUUAUUUUUUUUUUUUCCGAAUCAGCGGCGAUUUUGUUUUUUCUAACUUAAAGUGAGGAACUGUAAUCUUCAAAUGUUUUGUGCUAUGAGAUACGGCCGACAUCAUUUAAGGCCAACGAUUCACUCAGGGUCAUCUGAUGAGUUAAUCCUUAUAUCCUCCAACUCAAGGGUCUAGUAAGGGAUCAGCACGGUCUUCAUCACUCCGAGUAUCAAACAUGUCAUUCUUCACAGAUAUUAAGAAGGGAAUUGUGCUCUUACUCGGCACAUGUUAAAGAGUCAGGCUAUCCGAUACAACCCCCCACCUCCACCGCCCCCAAAAAAACAUACGGAACGCAUCCAAAGAUUUCAGUUUUACUGAGAUUUGUGAUCAUGAGGAUCUCGACUACAACCACACGUUAUUAUAUUUUUCAAGAUGUUUCAGCAAUCGUUUCCAUCUGAGAAUCGUGUUUCCCAGUGAAUAUUGAAUCAGCGAGAUCAACUACAGUCGGAGUACAAGGAAAUCUUUAGUGUCACUGUGAUUUGAUUGAUUUUAACGGGCAUUAGAUAUCAAAACUAACAAGUAUCUCUUCUUGUGUUAAAGGUUGUUCGCCUAAAGCAACAUUUGCAACAAAUAUCUACCCCAAUUUGUGUGUUUUGUUUUGUUUUUCACCCCCAAAACUACUGAAAGUACAAUAAAAAAUGUGACAGGAUGGAUUGAAAUAUCUGGUAAGUUACAAGUCUGGAACUGUAACUGAUGCAGUUUUGCACAAAAACUUUGUCAAUUACUCUCUAUUACAUUUCUAAUAACUUCCAGUCCUGAGACUCAUAGUUUGACCCUCCACUUGUUAUAAAGCAAAAUAAAUCAUGUCAAGAAGUAAACUUUCACAUCCCUGUGCUGUAGUGUUGGUCAGAAAAGACAUUAAAAAAGUAGCUGUGUCUCCAGACAAGGAUUUGUAGUCGUGAUCAAAACCAAAAUGUUCCUCUGAAGUGAGUUUACAGAACAUUCCUUCAGUUUUCUCAGCUUCCAAUUUGUGACGUCCUCAUGUUCAAAAAUCUGAAGUUAACUGCCCAGAAAACAUCAACUCUUUGAAAUGUGAAUUUUGUCAUACAGUAACAUUUUUUUUUUAAACGUCCUCCAUCACUGCCCUGUUUCUUUUUUUGAAAAGCCGUCCUUAAGACAGUUUUUUUUUCCUCCCCACAGACAUCUGAGUUCUCUUUAAUUCUUUUACUUCUUACGUUUGAGGGAUUUUUUUUUUUUCUUCUUCUUGGUCUUGAUCUUGUCAUUUGAGGGAGGAAGUAUUUGGUUUUUCUUGGACUGGAACUGUUGAUUUAAAAGAGGCGGUGAAGGACUUUCUGUUCAUAUCAAAUGACUAAAUAAAAAAAAAGAGGAUUCUGUUUUCAUGUAAAUAAUCCAAAUCCAAUAUUAAUAUUUAACUCUUACGAAAACUGCACGUUUUGUACACUGUAUAGAAAACACAGCUUUCAGAUGGAAGUUGUUUAUACUGGAUCUUUGAAAACGAGAAACUCUUGACAAUGUUAACUUCUUGUUUUGCAUUGUUUGUACAGGACCAGAGAUUUCUGAGCUGCGGUUUGAGAGAAACAGCUGAAUGCUGAAUACGGUGUCUUUCACUGAGAACAUGCCUGGAACAUGUUUUGAUAAACCAAUAACAAAGCUAUACUUGGCUGGCUAUGAAGUUGACUGUUACAUUAUUAAUUAAAAAAAAAAAAAGAAGAAAAGACCUGUAUUUUUUUUUUCUCUUUUGCAGUGCAGAUAGAUUCUUCCUAGCAUUUUGAAUUGUGUAGAUUUUGUACACAGCAUUACAAGCACUACAGUGGGAAACACUGUGCACAUUGCUUACAGCCUGUAAUGUCUUAGAUGUAAAUACAUUUUAGAACACUUUUUUUUUUUCUAAAGAAAAAGUAGACCUUUGUUUUCAGGUUUGAUGUGUGGUUUUGAUAGGUUGAAUAUUUCAUUCACAAAUAAUCAUUUAGUGUUGCCUUUUUUUCCCAGUGACCAAAAUCCAAUGUCUUAUGUGUAUUGUACACAUCGAUCUUAGUGUCAGGGAUGAGUAAAACUUUUUCUUAAUGCUGGCACACAGUUUGUAUAUAGAGACUUGUUAUUGACACACAAAUCUCCAUUUACUCACAUGUACACACAUAUACACUUGACUAAAACAGUUUUUAUAUUGUUGGAGAAACAAGUAUGGAUGCAUGUUUUUGAACUCGACACAUUUAUAGCUAUAUCACUCAGAUAUACAAACACACACACACACACACACCACAUACACAAGGGCUUUCAAAGUGCAAAAGUGGAGAUGUGCGAAGAGGUUUAAUCAGAGUAGAUUGGGUUUCCUGCCAGAGCUAGGCUAUGUUUACAUUUGCUAUAGUAUUCUGAAGCCUUCCAAUUAUGUACUGUCUUGCACUCCCUCACACAUUAACCUACUGUGUGUGACUGCACCGAUGGCAACUAGCACUCCCCACGAGCUGAUAACGACACCAACAUCUUGACUGACUUUUAAUAUCUUUCAUUUCUAACAGCCGAUGCUUGAGCGUUGCAGACAAUCUCGCUUCCCGAUUUUUGAUGGCCGCAAUACUCACUUUUAUAAUAGGACUAACCUACCUUUGUUGGCUCAGAGCUAAGAUUUAUUUGAAUAAUCUUUCGAGAUUCUUUUUUUGUGAUAUAAAGUGUUAUUUGUGAUUUACUUGCCUGGUUCAGUUGUAACCUUGUUUGACAUUCUCUGGUCUGAGGUGUUUUAACCCCUCUAGUUUUAGCAGCUACGUUACAUUUUACUGCCCCUCACAAGCUGGUUGUCUGGUCGAUUAUCUGGCACUGAUGAUCUUUUAUGUGAUGGACAAGCGUAUCUAAUCUGUAGCCUAAUACUUUUAAGUGCCCAGUUUGUUUCUACAUUUGAGUCAUUCAACCACAGACCACUGUAAUGCAUGAUUGAUGAUGAUCACACUUGUAAUCAGAGGGAAUGAAUGUGUCAUUUUUCCUCAAUCUAACAAUUACAUUAAUAAGGUUCUCAUAUCACUACAUAGAUCACUUCUAUAUGAUCUUAUGCAAUGUUUAAAAUGUACAAACUAAGUAUGAUGGUUAAGGGGAUAGAUCUAAAUGGUCUUGCAUAAGGUAAACCCAAUAAAAAUGUUGUCAUUCA